CCCCGGAGGAUGCUGGGAGUGUUGAGUCACGGGGCUGCCGGUGGGUCCGGGCUGAAAUCAGAAGAGCCGGGCAGUGAGGAGGAGGCAGAGGAGGAGGCGCCGGGGCAGCGGCAGGUCUGUAACCAGUGAAAGUUGAAGACACCCAAGAACAUGACCCCACCUGCUGCUAUCUAGUAGAGCAACCCCUUGAUAUUUAGCGCAUUCCCGGUCUCUGCCUUGUGCCGCUUUACGCCGCAGCCAUGUAUGGGAGCGCUAGAACAAUCGCCAGUUUGGAGGGCAGCCCUUCCAGAUCACCUCGUUUGCCAAGAUCACCUCAUCUGGGCCACAGGCGAACAAGCAGUGGAGGAGGCGGGGGAACGGGUAAGACUUUAUCAAUGGAGAAUAUCCAGUCACUUAACGCAGCCUAUGCAACUUCUGGACCCAUGUACUUGAGCGACCAUGAAGGGGUGGCUUCUACUAUGUACCCGAAAAGCACCAUGACUCUUGGAAGGGCUAGCAAUCGAGCUAUGUAUGGUGGGAGGGUAACAGCCAUGGGGAGCAGCCCCAAUAUUGCUUCCACUGGACUGACGCACACAGAUGUUCUGUCCUACAUUGACCACAUUGGCUUAACCAGCUCUUCCCACCAUCAACAUCACCACGUUCCCUCCAUGCUGAGACAGGUCCGUGACAGCACCCUGCUGGAUCUACAGGUUCAGUUGAAGGACCUGCAAAGAGAAAAUGAGCUUCUUCGGAAAGAACUGGACAUCAAGGACAGUAAGUUGGGGUCGUCCAUGAACAGUAUUAAAACUUUCUGGAGCCCGGAGCUGAAGAAGGAAAGAGUUCUGAGGAAAGAGGAGGCAGCUCGGAUGUCCGUUCUGAAGGAGCAGAUGAGGGUGUCCAGUGAGGAAAACCAGCAUCUGCAGCUGACCAUCCAGGCCCUCCAAGAUGAACUUCGAACCCAGAGGGACCUCAACCACCUCCUGCAGCAGGAAAGUGGGAACCGAGGAGCUGAACACUUCACCAUAGAACUCACCGAGGAGAACUUCCGACAGCUUCAGGCGGAACACGACAGGCAAGCCAAAGAACUGUUUCUUCUCAGGAAAACGCUGGAAGAGAUGGAGCUGAGGAUCGAGACUCAAAAGCAGACACUAAGUGCCCGAGAUGAGUCCAUCAAGAAGCUCCUAGAAAUGCUGCAGAGCAAAGGGUUGCCUUCCAAAGGGAUGGACAUGGAGGAGAACGAGAAAACGCGCAGAAUGGUGGAAGCCGAGUCACAGCUUAACCAUCUAGAAGUGCUUUUGGACCAAAAGGACAAAGAGAAUAUUCAUUUAAGAGAGGAGCUGCACAGGCGCAACCAACUACAUCCCGAGUCGGCCAAAACAAAGGCUCUUCAGACUGUUAUAGAGAUGAAGCGAUCACCAUCUUUGUGUUUUGAUCCAGAUUUUAUUUGGCAGGACACCAAAAUUUCGUCACUAGAGAGGAACAUCAGAGACCUUGAAGAUGAAAUCCAUAUAAUUAAAACAAAUGGAGUCUUAAAUAUAGAGGACAGAGAAGAAGAGAUCAAACAAAUGGAAGUUUACAAGAGCCAUUCAAAGUUCAUGAAGAGCAAGAUUGACCAGCUGAAGCAAGAGCUGUCCAAGAAAGAGUCUGAACUUCUUGCCUUACAAACCAAGCUGGAAACUCUCAGAAAUCAGAAUUCCGACUGCAAGCAACACAUAGAGGUGCUUAAGGAGUCCCUGACGGCAAAGGAGCAGAGAGCAGCCAUCCUACAGACAGAGGUGGACGCAUUGAGGCUUCGACUGGAGGAAAAGGAAUCGUUUCUCAGCAAGAAAACCAAACAGCUGCAGGAUUUAACGGAAGAGAAGGGGACGCUGGCCGGAGAAAUCCGAGACAUGAAGGACAUGCUGGAAGUAAAGGAGAGAAAAAUUAACGUCUUGCAGAAAAAAAUUGAAAACCUUCAGGAGCAGUUGAGAGACAAAGACAAACAACUGAUCAACCUGAAAGACCGAGUCAAGUCGUUGCAGACUGAUUCCAGUAAUACAGACACAGCCCUGGUGACGCUGGAAGAAGCUCUCUCGGAAAAGGAACGAAUAAUUGAGCGUUUGAAAGAACAACGAGAGAGAGAUGACCGAGAGCGACUAGAGGAAAUAGAAAACUACAAGAAGGAAAACAAAGAUCUGAAAGAGAAAAUCAACACAUUACAAGCGGAGCUGAUGGACAAAGAGACAAGCCUAAUUGACUUGAAGGAACACGCCUCAACGCUGGCCUCCUCGGGUGUAAAACGAGAUUCCAAAAUGAAAUCGCUGGAAAUGGCCAUCGAGCAGAAGAGAGAAGAGUGCAAUAAGUUAGAGGCGCAGUUACAAAAGCAAGCUGAGCAGUUGUUCAAUCAAAUGUACAACCCAACGUCAGUUAGGAGUACUGAGAAGCAAGGGGCUCAUGAAGCUGAAGAGGAGGUCCGCAUGAAACCCGACUUUUCAGACAGACUCAAACAGUUGGACAAUGAAGUCUCGUACUACAGGGAAGAGUGCAGCAAGGCCCAGGCUGAGGUUGACCGACUGCUGCAGAUUCUGAAGGAGGUGGAGAAUGAGAAGAAUGAUAAAGACAAGCAGAUUGCCGAGCUGGAAAGGCUCAUGAAGGAUCAGAAUAAGAAGGUGGCCAACCUGAAGCACAAUCAACAGAUAGAGAAGAAAAAGAAUGCACAGCUUCUAGAAGACGCCCGAAGACGGGAUGAUAAUAUCCCAGACAAUUCUCAGCAAAUGCAGAUAGAGGAACUGAUGAACGCUCUUGACAAGACGAGGCAAGAGCUGGACUCUACCAAAGGCCGACUGGCCUCCUCUCAGCACUCGCUGGCAGAGAAAGAAGCCCACCUGUCUAACCUGCGGGAAGAUCGUAGAAAACAGAUGGAGGAGAUACUGGACAUGAAGCAAGGAGCCCUGCUGGCCACAAUCAGUGAGAAAGAUGCCAACAUAGCCUUGCUCGAACUCUCUGCCUCAAAGAAGAAAAAGACUCAAGAUGAAGUUAUUGCUCUAAAACGAGAGAAGGACAGACUCGUACAGCAGUUAAAGCAACAGACGCAGAAUAGGAUGAAACUAAUAGCAGACAACUAUGAAGAUGACCACCACCACCACCAUUACCACCACCACCAUCAUCAUCAUCGGUCUCCCGGGAAAGCUCAGCAGCCCAACCACAGACCCUCUUCGGAACAGGAGGAGGAGGAGGGGAUAUGGGCAUAACAAUUCCUGAAAACCAAAGUUUCCUUUUCAUUUUGUGGGGUGAUCCCAUCCCUGCCGGAGCUACAUAGCCACGACACGUCUCAUGCUGUAUGUACAUCCACCAACUAUCCAACCUUAGCCUAGAGCGCGACUGCCAUAGUUUCUAUCUCAGAGAAUGAGGAAAAGGAAGGGGACGUGAAGGAGACAUCUCAUAUAAGAAGCAACUAUAUUAUAACACCUGAGCAGUUAAAGAAGAGAAAGACACCUAAAAAUGAAAGGCAGAUCUUUAUGCUGGUCUUUAGAUCUAGACACCUCCCUCACCGAUGCCACCAGGCAAGAACCCGAUGAAGAGCCCUGCUCCCAUAGGUGAAACCUCAAGCAGAAGAAAAAGGCGUGUUCUAUGCAAUCCCUGUAUAAAGAAGGAGCAAGGUCUCCUCCUCAAAGGUCUCCUAGUGGUGUAACUCAACAAUCUCCUGCCACUUGGGCACAGUAGGCAUAAAUGAAGGUUGAGCCUUGUAUGUGCAUCAAGGUGUAGGAGGAAAUAUUAGAAUAUCCCAGAGAAAAUUCUACUUAGUGGUGUAAAUUCUGCCUCUUGUUGUAGCUGCCAUUUUGAAUACAUUUGAUUAUGGUGUUGAGCGAUGUCAUCUUUACUCUUUCCAGUCAACAUCCUUUUCCCGAAAUGUUUGAAGGGAAUUUCCCCCACUUUAGUCUCUUGAAUCUUACCAGCCUAAUGACACCAAUCAGAGGUUGUGUAUAUGGACAUUUAAUGUGUCAGGUCCUAAUGCAAUACACAUCAAGCCAAGCCAAGAGGUCCAAGUCAAACCAGCCGCAAGAUCUACAUGUGCUUUUGGUUGCCUCCACCAGGGAUGUCCAACCUCUAGUUCUACUUCUUGAAUAGACACAUUCCACCAUCCUCUGAUCGCCCUCAUUCAUCUGAGGUGGGCACUGGAUGGGGUGAUGGAGGUAAAGGUCAACAAGAGCAGUAGGACCAUUUGUUGGACAUCCCUCCUGGAGAUCAGGAAGCCUCCAUAGCAGCUGCUGCUAGUCGUAUACUACCUGGCUAUAGGAUUCUUGGAAAUGUAGUUCUGACACAGGUGGAAGAUCCUUGAUGCUUGAUAGAUUAUUUUUGGAAUAAAACCAUAAGGCAAAAAAAUUCCUCUGUGUCUCUUUGCCCUUUAAGAAAAUCCAUAGCAAGCUACACCAAUGAUAUGAGGUUGUUUCAGGAAGUCAAAAUUAUAUAUGAUGGACUUUUCCCACCUCCUCCAGUCGCCUUUUGCACUGGUAAUCAUAUGGCCUCUCCCACAACGGUUGCUUGCGGUUCUGAUGAACAGGAAGUUGGACAUGGUUUUCUUCUAAGGCACAGGAAGUAAAUUAAAUAAUAAACCUCUUAUAUUCUAUUAAGUUAAUGAACCUUCCAGCUGUAGUUUUUCCUUAGCAAACCAAUAAGACUAUGCUCAAAUGCAUUUGUCUUUUUGACUCAGGAAAUAUGAACUAAUAGUUCAUCCCCAGACCUGAAGGCAGUCAAUCAAUGGGGAGAUAACCCCCAGCAAAGUACAGUCAUUGUCAAACUCUGGGCCAGGUUGGAAAUCAACUAAUAUGUAAUGGAACUGUUGAACCUUUUGCUCUCGGGAGAGCUCAACUCAACUGUGGAGCCACGCUCUACACUCAGGCAUUAAUGGGUCAAGCAUUAGAAUUGUGGCGUGUUCCUCUGACACAGUAUGGGACAUCUGAAUCCAAGACAUCAUUUCAAGUGGCACCAAUGUUCUUGGCCGACUUAAUCGAGAGGCUACCACAUCUGCACGUUGGGUUGGGUUUCCCCCCUGAGAACAUUGGUGCUCACCAGGAGAUGAGUUAAUGCUGUUAAUUCUGUUAUAAUGAUAAAUGUGUUAUUUGUUUCCUACAAUUGUGACAUCGCAACUGGAUGAUUGUAACAAUUGGGACGUUGUCAUCUUAAUGUUGUGACAUUCUUACUCAUGGGAUUAUAAGGAUUAAUAUCCCCCCGACUAGCAAUUCUAAGAAUAUUAGAAACUGGUGGUAUCACCUACCCUCGGCAUUUGUACAUUUUAUGCGGUGGUUGGA